AUGGCGCAGCAUAUUCAGGACGAAGUCUACCAGGACUCAUUGAAGAACCCAGAGGAGUUCUGGAGCCGGCAGGCGAGCCAGCUGGAAUGGCAUCAGAAACCCGAAAAGGCGUUCCAGCGAACUACGAAGAAACUCAAGAGCGGCGUCACGCAUGAUCAUUGGAGCUGGUUCCCAGGCGGGAAGAUUUCAACGACAUACAACUGCGUUGACCGACACGUUAUUAACGGCAAUGGCGAUAAAGUUGCUAUCUGCUGGGAUAGUCCCGUGACCGGCCUCAAGGAGCAGUACACGUACAAGGAGCUUCUCCAUGAAGUGGAAACACUUGCCGGAGUAUUGAGAGAGGAGGGCGUGAAGAAACGUGACGUGGUUCUCAUCUACAUGCCAAUGAUCCCAGCGGCAUUGUUCGCUAUGCUAGCCAUUGCUAGGCUUGGAGCGAUACACGCGGUGGUUUUCGGCGGCUUCUCCCCGCCAUCCCUAGCCCAACGAAUGGAAGCCUCCAGGCCAAAAGCAAUCAUGACGGCUUCGUGUGGCAUUGACGGAAGCAAACCCCCGAUGCCAUACAAGGGACUCAUCCGAGAAGCUAUUGAGAAAAGUAGCUUCAAACCUCAAAAGAUCAUCAUCUGGCAGCGCGAACAGCUUCGAUGGGACCCUAUCAGCAGAGAAACCGGCGAGAGGAAUUGGAACAGGCUGGUAAAGAGUGCAAGGAACAGGGGUUUGAAGGCUGCCGCUGUGCCCGUAAAGAGCUCGGAUGGCCUUUAUAUCAUUUAUACCAGUGGAACGACUGGACUGCCUAAGGGCGUUGUACGGGAGGUCGGCGGACACGCCGUUGGACUGAACUUCUCGAUCAAGUAUCUCUUAGGCGUUCACGGGCCUGGCGACGUGAUGUUCUGUGCGUCCGAUAUUGGCUGGGUAGUAGGCCAUUCUUACAUUUUAUAUGCUCCACUCCUCGCUGGUGCGACGACUGUCUUAUUCGAAGGCAAACCCGUUGGCACGCCAGACGCCAGUACCUUCUGGCGGAUCAUAGAAGAAUACAAAGUCACCACUAUGUUUACCGCGCCAACGGCUCUACGCGCAAUCCGAAGAGACGAUGGCGACAAUGAUUACUUCGAGCAAAUCUACGGAAGUCGAGGCGGUCUCCGGACACUGCGAGCACUGUUCCUAGCCGGCGAACGCAGCGAGCCAAGCAUCGUCCAGAUGUAUGGAGAAUUACUUAAAAGACAUUGUGCGGGUGGCGCCGUCGUCGUGGACAACUGGUGGUCCUCGGAAUCAGGCAGUCCCAUUUCCGGAAUAGCUUUGAGCGCGGGCGCGGGAAAGGAUUUUACCAGCAAUCACCGCCAUGCUCCGCUGCCCAUCAGGCCGGGCUCGGCUGGGAAGGCGAUGCCGGGAUUCGACGUGCGCGUUGUUGACGACGAGGGGAAUGAGGUCAAGCGCGGGACCAUGGGAAAUAUUGUGAUGGCGAUCCCUCUGGCUCCAACAGCUUUCACGACGCUUUGGGAAGACGAAGAUCGAUUCUACCGCGGCUACCUCAAAAGGUUCAAUGGUAAAUGGCUCGAUACAGGUGACGCGGGCAUGAUCGACGAGGACGGUUACAUUUCCAUCAUGGCGCGGUCAGACGACAUCAUUAACGUUGCGGCUCACCGGUUCAGCACAGGCAAGCAUUCACAUGAAGGCCAGCAUGACUCGAGGCUCUGUGCCAUUGAGCAAGCGGUGACUUCGCAUCCUGAUAUCGCAGAAUGCGCAGUAGUUGGCAUUCCAGACGCACUGAAAGGUCACCUUCCCUUUGCGUUUGUAACGCUAUCCACGCACCACCACCCUCACCCAGCCGUGCCUGACGAUAAGCUCUUCAAGGAGGUCCAGCAGAAGGUCCGCGAGCAGAUUGGCGCAAUUGCGAGCUUGGGGGGCAUGAUACAGGGCAAGGGCAUGAUCCCAAAGACAAGGAGCGGGAAGACGCUACGGCGGGUGCUCCGGGAGCUGGUGGAGAACGCAACGCAUGAUGAGUUUGCGAAGGAAGUGCAGGUUCCGACGACGAUUGAAGACAUCGAUGCCGUCGAGGUGGCCCGGGCCAAGAUCAGGGAGUAUUUCACGCACAAGGGGAGCGAGAAGCACAGAGCUCCCGAGGCGAGGGUGAAGGCAAAGCUGUGA